GAAUCAUUAUAAGAUAUUCCAUGCACUGUCGCCUGGACCAAUCACCGCGGACGAUCCGCCAGCACCGCAUCUAGUCACACAGUUGUGCAGUGUUAGCAAUGGCGAGAGGUCGACUGGCUUGUGUGUUCGCGCUGAGUCUUUUGGGGAACGCUUUGUGUGUUCCUGUGGACGUGCCAAGACAUAGGAGAGGAUAUGAUGACAAUGAGCUGGAUUCAGAUGAAAAUUCGCGGAGUGAUUUGACGAGCACAGAUACCUCAGUAGAUGAGGCUUCAGUGGGGCCCAUCAACCCGGCAGUCACCCUCCCACCCGUCACGAACUCUUACGAAGACAAACGGAAAGAGUUCCAAGCGGCAGAGUCCUUUGAUGACGAUGAUGAUGAUUUCCCUGAGAUGCAGACCUCGUCGACAGGCGGCGGUGGGAGCAACAUCAUCAGUUUGUUGAAUUUGGUGAAUGGGCUGUUCCCGUCUUCUGGAGGUGCUAACUUUCAGAGAAUACUUCGCCGUAUGCUUCGAGAGUAUAUAAGACGGUACCCGCAACCAUUCCUCCUACCUCAAAACAAAUUAAUACGAAGACAAGGAAUCUUUGAUAAUGAAAUUGACAUUGACGACACGUUCGACUUGAGACCACCUCCUUUCCAAAGGCAAGAAAGCGAUGAGAAUGGUUCAAACAGCGAUAGCAAUGUAUCAGAAACGAAAGAAUCAGAUGAGCGUAAGAAAAGUCAGGAGAAAUCUGACGAACAUGAUUCUGAUGAAAGCAACGAAUCUGACGAAAAUGAUGCUGGAGAAAGUUUAGAGGAUGAUGACGAUGAUGAUAAUGGGGACAAUAAUGCGUCUCAGCAGGAUGAGGAUUCUAAGCCGGCGUCCGAUGGGAAUGGAGAUAAUAGUAAUGGCGAUAACGACUCUGAUUAUGAUGAUGAUGAGCCGCCGGGGGGUGGGGAUGGACAAGGCGGCGGUAUUUUGGGAAUACUGGCUGGGUCGAGCGGCGAUAACGGCGAGUCAGAUCUGGGUUCUUUACUGGCGACAAUCAGUGGUAUUGUGGUAAAUUUGAGUGGUGAUGGUAUAGAUCUGAACAGUCUCAUAGCGUCCGGGAUAGGACUGUUCGCGGGCCUUUUAUCAGAGGGCGAAGAGAACCCGGGCACCAUAAUAGCGCAGUAUCUUUUGACGUCUCUGGAAACUAUCACUGGAGGUGGCGCGAAAAAUAACGGAGCAUUCUUUGGAAAGUUCUUAUCUAAACUAAUUACCGGAACUAGUGCGGGCGAGGCCCCCGAGGGCGCCUCAGACGAGAGCGGGGAGCCGCAGGGCCCGAAGGACUCCGCCGGGUUCAUAGCGAGCCUGCUCAUGGGGCUCUCAGCAGACAUGUCCAAAACCAGCUCGGCUGGAAGCUCCAAAUGGUGAUCUGGAUUCUGGUCUCGCCGGUCAUUAUUUCCGAAAACAGACUAUGACUGUAGGAGCAUCCCAAUGGCGUUGGCCCAACCCCAUUCCAGCAGUGUAGCUUACAAACGCUAUAGUUUGUAUCUUUAGGCCUGUAUUUAAAUAAAAGUAAAUAAAAUCUACCCUCAAAUGGCUCCUUGAGCCAGUUGAGGGCAGAUGAAAACAUUACAUGAUCAAAUAAUGUAGGUUAAAGCAUUCAGUGACAGAUCCAGGCGCUUUCGUAUUUGGUUGGUUAGUUAACCAAUAAAUGUUAUAACUACCCGAAAAUGUACAAAUUGUAUGUUUACUUUUAUUUAAAUACCUGAAGAUACAGAGUGUAGCUAAGCAUUUUGUUGUCUGAAGGUAUUCCAUGGCUUUAAGCAUUCUUAGAGUAACAAAAGACUAGCGUUCGCAAGUGAAAUUUAUAGAAGAGAAAAAAAUCUUAAUUAACAUUUUUAGCACUUCGGGAGUUGAUGCUUGACAAACCUGGUUUGUCGAAACGCACAGGAUUAGAAGAAGACAAAAAACAGUUUAUUCAGAUACACAUAAAUUAUACACAGAAACUUCUAGAGAGACAGAGAGAGAAAGAGUUAGAAAUAGGAAUGCUAAUGGAACCUAAUGGGAGCGCAUCCUGCAUGCGUACCCUCGCACCACUCAGCUCAAAUAGACGCUUACUCUCAAAUCUCUUUUUCUCUCUAAUCACCUUGUAGAAGUAAAUUUUGGGACCCUUCAUUUCAAUACCUACAUAUAUGUCAAAAAAGGUUGCUACAAAAUAUAUAGAAAAGACAGGUCUCAAAAUUUAUAUACUAUACGUACUUGCGUCAAUAAAGCUAUGUUUUCCUAACAAAAAUUAAGUUUUGUUAGGUGCCGUCAUAUAGCGGCCGUAUCCAUACAAAAU